CACUUUGACCGACACGACUCUGCAGGUGGUUGGACUACGAUGUUUGCUUAUCCCGAUAUACCAACGGGAGAAGGAUGGGAGGGAGGGAGAUUUCAUCUGGUCGAGUUUGGGCUAUACGUCGAACUUGAUAAAAUCAAAUCUAUAACAUUUUCAGGGCUUCGUCUUCAUGGUGGUACGCCUCCAUUAGCGCCUGUUGGAGUUCCGAUUCCUCCUUCCGCCUACCGAUGGGUAGUUGUACUUUAUCCUCAAGGUGCUAUUCUUGAUGGCCGAGUAACAAUGAAUAUUGCUGCGGGUCCCAACGGAGUGCCAAUCCAGUUGACGCCAGAAAUGACAAAUGCAACUGUCCAUCUAAACUUCCUAGAUGAUGGAAAAGUUAUCAUGACUCCUCAAGCUGAAAUAGAUUUUCUCGCCCGAGCUUUCUUCCUGCACACAUUAUAUCAUCAGAGGCAGAUCAUGGGUGGAAAUGUAUUGAAAUAUGAUCAUUAUCGUCAAGGCUGGUCUAUGCAGCGGGAUGGUAUAACAUUCUCUGCUGGUCCUUGGUCUUUGGCACCAGAUGGUCUUGAGCUAACUAACCAUGCUGGUAUGAUGACGACUAUCACUUGA